AUGCAGCAGCUCUUCAACAGCCAACCGAAAGAGAAGCAAGAGCAGAUGAUGAAGCAGGCGAUGGAGAUGCAGAAAAUGAUGAGCAAGAUCCCCGGCUUCGGCAAGCUGACGCAGAACAACACCAAGGUGCUAGAGCAGCUCAUAAAGAUGCAGCAGCGGGCACCGCCGCCGUCCUCUCCCUCCUCCACCACGGCCUCGGCAAAUCCUGCAGCGGCCAGCGCGCCCUCCACGGGCGCUGGAGCGUCUGCGGCGUCGUCUCCCCGACGGGACCUUUUUAGUAACGCAGCCGCGUCUGGCUCCAAGCGCUUGAACGGGAGCGGUGGGAGCGGCGGUCCCUCGCUGGACGAGCUGCGGAAGGUGAACCUCGGCCCAGAGAUUGAGGCCCUCUUUCAAGAGCUCCGCACCAUCCGCAGCCGCAAGAACGAGUACCGUGACAAGUACUACCAAGUCCAGUCCACGCUGGAGGGACUGCAGCGGGAACACAAGGAUCUGACUACGCGUGAGGCGAGCCUACGGAGCAAGCUAGCCAAGGUGGAGCAGGAGGUGAUGCUGCUCACCUCCGAGAACAUGGAGCUGCGAGACAGCAGCAAGAACGUAAGGCAGUUGGCACAGUCCAACAUGCAGCUCAAGGCGGAGGUGGAGCAGCUGAAGACGGCUGCGCAGUCAAGCACCGCUCCGGGCACGACCACGUACGCUGCUCUGCAGCAGCAGCUGCACGAGCGCGAGGAUGCACUGCGUUCCCUGCAGCGAAAGCUGGACCGCAUGCGUCGCCGAGAUCCGCUGCUGCAGUUCUCGCUUGCCUGCAGCAACGUUAGCCGACUUUGUGCUAGCGCCAAGGGAGAGGACGUGGGUAGCACCGGUGCCGCCGCGGCAGCAAGUGAAGCGAGUCAGGAGGCAGCCGAGAAAGCUUUUGCAGAGCUGCAGAUCAAGUACCAGGAGCGCCAGCAGGCCGCCUGGGAGGCGGCGGCGCACGAUCACGCCGCGGCCGCGGCCGCAUACGUGGCGGUGGUGCGACGCUACGUAAUGAGCAAUGUGCCUCACUCGAACUACGAUGCAGUCGUCACAUUCACAGGCGAUGCGGCGGCGCUGCGCACGUAUUUCUCCAACGUUGGCUUCGAGGUGAAGAUGGUGGUGGGCGAGCGCGGUCGGGCGUACGUGACAGCGGCAUCAGACGCCCUGCCCCUUUCCAGCGCACCGGGGCCGUUCGGCUACGCAUUUGCGGUGAGCCUCGCCAGAGGGAUGGCUCGGGCGGAAAGCCGUAGCACCGGCGCCAUGACUCCCGCGCCUGCAUUCACGGUGACGAGCGCGCACCCGUUCGUCUCUGCAGCCCUGGUGCGGAACGCGAAGCGGUGCAGCGUUGCUUACGAGACGGCGCGCGCCAGCGGCCCAGGUGGGCAAGCCACAAACGUCACAGAAACGCAGGUUUACGCGAAGCUGGUGAUCGAUGGAGCCCCGGCGUACACGGCGGAGGCGCAGGAUUCGCGCAGCGCGCUCAGCAACAAGGAGGCCGCCCUUGACAAGCUUCAGCAGCAGCGCCGCCUGCAGUUCAACGAUACACUGGCAAGGCAGGAGAAGACCGAGCUCGUGCAGGCGCAGUUAGUGGCCAAGAUGCAGGACCAGGGCGGCUUUGCCUUGGAGGAGAACAUACAUGUCCUGGUGCAGGAGGCAGCCACAGCGAAGCUGGUGACUGCAGGGGAUGCCGCGCUCGUUGAGAUGCUGCAGCAGCUCGGUAUCUUGGCCGCCGCGGCGUAG